AUGGGGAAUAUCAGCAGCAGGCCUGGCGACGGCGACUCCCUCUUACUGAAAGAUCAGAAUAGAUUCUUUAUCUCAGCAAUUACCGUUACGAACCCUCGAAACCGAACCAUACUUAGCGUAACGCCAAACGCCUUUCCUGCCACCAGAUACAUUGCGAAGAGGGAUAUAGGGGACGAGAGCGUGAUUGAAUACAUACAGGAUCCAGAUUCGACUUCAGCCGCCGCUCCACCCAAUUUCCUCCUCCGCUUGUCCAAUGAUGAAGAGAUAACCUUCAAUUUCACAAUCGUACUCCGUCAAGCCUCUCCGAGUACGAACGGCGCACCAGCGAACCUCAGCGCGGUCACAGACACGUUUGUUAAGGGUCUCACAUAUGUCUUCGCUCCGAGUUCGAAAGAGCUGCAGAACCUAGUCACGCGAGAAUUCCAAGCAGAUCCCAACUUCCACAAGAACCCAAACGUACAGCUGCUGGGCGAUUAUUCGACUGGGGGCAGCUCGUCAGUGCAGUUUCAGUGGUCCUGGAAAUGGAGGCCACCGAGGACAACCGAAGACAGAGGCGGGGGCUGGCGCAACAGCUGCAGUUUCGCGGAGUAUGACGAGCGUGCACAUCGCUUGGAUACACUAGCUAGCUUCUCCUUCUAUGUUGCGAGUUUAGACACCCAAAGACUGCUCGGCAGUCCGAAAUCUCCCUCAAUACGCCUGGAUGUUGGACUCCCACCACGGUUGAGGGUUCCAUCAGCUCAGUCCUUCGAGUCCCGCGUCAGCGACUCGGAUGGAGCAGAAUACAGAGACUUCGCGGAGCCGCGAUCGCCUGCCAUUGAGCCCAAAGCGGAGUAUGGUCUGGGUCUUGUCCCAACCAUGACGAACACCACAGCAAACACCGACGUGAAAGUCGAUAUCAAUUGCCAGCGGCCUGGCGACGACCUUAGCUCUGUCGAUGACGGGCCGCUGUUUCGCGCAACUCUGAAAACUCUGGAGCAGAAAACUGGCAGCAUGCGGUCUCGGUGGAAGAAGGUGCUGAAGAAGGCCGAGGCAGCCUUGGAUGCGCAAGUCAACUACAACAGCGCUAUGAAGGAGCUUAUGGAGAGUUUUCACGACGUGUCAUCCUCGAGUGCAAACGCUGUUCAGCCAGCAAUCGACCAUUACUUUGACAAGAUUGCCAAGGACAUCCUAGCCUACGAACGGCAAAACACAGUCAACCUGCAGAAGCUCGUUAUUGACCCCAUCAAUAGACUCUACAACGUCGAUAUCAAGCAAGUGGAUUCAAAGAAAGAAGAUUUUGAGAAGGAGAGCCGGGAUUACUAUCAGUACGUCAGCCGUUACCUUGGACAACGCCAGGACUCCUUGAAAGAGAAAAAGCGCGCGGAGACAGACUCGAAAUAUCAAGUCAAACGACGCAACUUCGAGUUGAGGCGGUUCGAUUACGCAUCAUUCAUGCAAGACUUGCACGGCGGGCGGAAGGACCAGGAAGUACUUUCGUAUUUGACGAGGUAUGCGGACGCUCAAGCGAAAGGCUUCUUGAAGACGGCCAAGAACAUCGAGGCGAUGCUUCCUCAACUGGAAGCGCUGAGCUUCGAGGUCAAAGAGGCCGAUAAGGAGUACCAGCUGCAACGAACCGACAGGGAGGAGAAGAGACGAGCGAUCGAGAAAAGCACAAAAGCCUAUAUCGAGCCGGAGACUCCCACAUCGGCCCAGCAACAGACGUCGAGUUUUACGCAGGCAAAUGGCGCACGACCAGGUAUGCCCGAGGGUGCCUUUUCACGCUCGGCGAGCAAUGCAGCGGAAUUUAGGAGCGUGGUGAGCCCACCGCCGACUCUUCCUGCGUCGCAGAACGGCGCGCAACCUGUACCAUUAGGAGGCCAGGGUGCUGCUACUCCUGGCAAUCAUUCAACGCUUCCCGUGGGUAGUCCGAACCAAAACAAAUUCAAGGGUAUCCGUGACAUGGAGGAAAAGGAUUAUACCGCCUUAGGAGGGUUAGAGGGGAACGGAGGGGAGCAGCGUAAAGAAGGGCUGCUGUGGGCGCUGAGCCGACCUGGAAGCCAUGUCGAUCCGAAAGGAUUGAACAAGCAAGCCUGGCACAAGUUUUGGAUAGUACUAGACCAGGGGAAGCUGUCAGAAUACACGAACUGGAAGGAGAGACUUGACCUUCACAUGGAUCCAAUCGACCUCCGCGUUGCAUCCGUCCGGGAAGCUCGCAAUGCCGAGCGGCGUUUCUGCUUCGAGGUUAUCACACCACAAUAUAAGCGUGUAUACCAAGCGACAUCCGAAGAGGACAUGAAGAGUUGGAUAUCCGCGAUCAACAACGCGCUGCAGAGUGCAGUGGAGGGCAAGGGUAGAACCGAGCCCGUUUCCACAGAAUCACUGCCUGGCUCUACUCGGCGAGACAUUGCCUCGGUGCUGACUGGGAAGAGCUCGUCAAUGUCACAUCACCGAUCCUCACAUGGAGGCAAUUCUGAAUCCAGGACUGUCUCCCGACACGCUACAGACGGCCAUCGGCCGUCUCACACAACGCCUGAAGCGCAUGAUGAAGACCCGAUCAAACUCCUCCAACAAAUCCGGGACGCCGAUGCAGGCAACAAAACUUGUGCCGAUUGCGGCUCCGACAGCAAAGUUGAGUGGGUCUCGAUCAACCUUGGCAUCAUCCUCUGUAUCGAGUGUAGCGGCAUCCACCGCUCGCUAGGAACCCAUAUCUCCAAAGUACGCUCCCUCACCCUCGACACCACCUCCUUCACGCUCGACACGAUCGAAAUCCUCCUCACAAUCGGCAACCGCGUCUCGAACAUGAUCUGGGAAGCGCGCCUAGACGCCUACCUAAAACCCUCCCCGACCUCAACCCGCGAGCAGCGCCUCCGCUUCAUCACAGCCAAAUACGCCGACCGCGCCUUCGUCCAGCCCAUCUCCACCACCCUCUCCCCUUACUCAACCCCCGACGAAACCCUCCUCGCCUCGAUCAAGAAAAACGACAUCCAAAACGUGUUGUACGCGCUCGCCCUCCGCGCCAACCCCAACGCAACAGACCGCUCCCGCGCAACCCACGCAGUCUACCUAGCGCUCGCCGCCGCCGACCCCGCCCUCCCCGCCCAAACCGUCUCGCCCCUCCCCUCGCCCGGACGCUCCCCAAGCGGCACAGGCCCGCCCCCACCACCCCGAGCAAAGCCCUUCGCGGUCGCCGAACUGCUCCUCCAGAACGGCGCCGACAUCCCUGCCUCCCCCGCGCCCAUCGCGCUCAGUCCGGCCGCGAAGCUGUAUCUGGAGCAGAAGGCGGAGCAGCGCUCGGGCAAAAGGUAUUCAGCAGCGGGCGGUACGGCGAGGAUGCCGGGCCGAGCGAGCGUGGCGAUGGUGGGGAGAGCGAGGGCGGAGAUGCCAGGCUUCGGGAGCGGGGAUGCGCUUGCGGCGCUGCCGAGUGUUGUUGCUGGGAAUGGGAGUACGCCUAGCGAGAGGGCGAGGGAGAGGGAGAGUAGGUUGCAGAAGAGGGUUAGUGCUGGCGGGAGGCUUGUGAAGGGUAGUGGUGAUGGAGGAGUGGGGUAG